GGGUCUGGACACAGAGGACGACCUCCAGAAGCUGCACUCUGAUGGCGUGCCCACGGAGGUCACUGAUUGGCUGGCUUCAACCUUCACUCAGAGGGCCCGCCACCCCGCUCGCCGCUCUGACGACAAACCAAAGUUCCGCAGCAUCGUCCACGCAGUGCAGGCUGGUAUCUUUGUCGAGAGGAUGUUCAGAAGGGCCUACACUGCUGCCAUGCCUGACCAACCUGCAGCAGUAGUUAACUGUCUCAGGGACAUUGACCGGUGGAACUUUGAUGUGUUUGCCCUGAACACAGCCAGUGAUGACCACGCACUGCAGACCCUGGUCUUCGAGCUGGUGACACGCUACGAACUCAACAGCAGAUUCAAGAUCCCAAUCUCCUGUCUGAUGUCCUUCUUGGAGAAGCUGGAGAAAGGCUACAGUAAACACAGCAACCCGUACCACAGCAGUGUCCACGCAGCCGACGUCACACAAACCCUCCACUGUCUGCUCCUCCGUACAGGACUAGUGCACUGGUUGACUGAACUGGAGGUCCUGGCGUCCCUGUUUGCUGCGGCCAUCCAUGACUACGAACACACUGGAACUACAAACGACUUCCACAUUCACACAAAGUCAGACUUUGCUAUGAUCUACAACGACCGGUCAGUCCAGGAGAGCCACCACAUCAGUGCUGCGUUCCAUCUUCUACAGGACGACCAAUCCAACAUCUUCAUGAACCUCUCCAGAGAACAGUGGAUGGAGCUGCGAGCGCUGGUGAUAGAGAUGGUGUUGGCUACAGACAUGUCAUCUCACCUUGUCCAGGUCAAAGCCAUGAAGGGGUGUCUGCAGCAGCACGAAGGCAUAGACAAACCAAAAGCGCUGUCCCUACUACUGCACACUGCAGACAUCAGCCACCCCUCUAAGCCCUGGAGUCUACACUCUCGCUGGACCAAAGCCCUCAUGGACGAGUUCUUCAGACAGGGUGACAGAGAGGCAGAGCUUGGUCUUCCCUUCUCUCCACUGUGUGAUCGGAACAGCACUCUGGUCGCAGAGUCACAAAUAGGUUUCAUAGACUUCAUAGUAGACCCUACGUUCUCCCUACUGACUGACGUGGCUCAGAAGAUAGUCAUUCCCCUGGUGGAAGACAACCCAGGCCCACCGGACCCCUGCAAUCGACAUAGUAAUCUGUGGAAGGAGAGUUCCAGAGGACUACAGUGGAGCUUGUCUCACAUCACCUCAGAACUGGUCAGCUUCAGAUCCACCUGGACACGACACACAGAAGACAACAAGUUCAAAUGGAAGGAGAGCGGCUCCAAUGGGCUCUUGGAUCAGAUCGUGUCGAAGGAGCCGUUGGCUGGUGAAGACGAUGAGCUCUCUGAACAACUGUUGCAGACCCCUUCUAAAGAUGCUAAACAGUAGAUAGGCCUCUCAUGUACUAUGAUGCCUAUGUAAACGAUAUGUAAACGGAGGGUUGGGGAGAACUGUUUACCUGUAAUCUUUUACAUGUAAUCUGAUAAUAAUACAAACAUGUAACUGUAAUCAGCUACUUUACCAGCUAAAAUAUUAUAAAUGGAUUCCAAAUACUUUUGAAAAACUAGAUGAUUACUUCUUGAAUUACUUUAAAAUUCAGAAAGGACGUUUGGGAAAUAAUACAGUAUGCCACAUUUCUGUUUCUCAAUGACAUUCAAUUCAGCACUGAAAAAAGGUGCCAGUUUAUGUUUGUUCCACCUGGUUGGAUGGAUCCUUUCCAUCUUCUUCUGAUGUCUCUUAAGGGGAAAUUAAUCAGUUGACAUUACAGAGUGGAGGAGAAAGUAAUCCAAAAGUAACUGAAAGUAAUCAGAUUAUGUCACUGAAUUAAGGGGAAAGUAAUCCAAAAGUAACUGAAAGUAAUCAGAUUAUGUCACUGAGUUAAGGGGAAAGUAAUCCAAAAGUAACUGAAAGUAAUCAGAUUAUGUUACUGAGUUGAGAGGAUAGUAAGCCAAAAGUAACUGAAACUGAGUUUGGGUAUCCAAAAGUUAAGUUACUGAUUACAAUUUUGGACAGGUAACUAGUAACUGUGCCUGAUUACAUUUAGAGAGUAAUCUAUCCAACCCUGUGUAAAUUAUAGUAAUUUAAUGAAGAUUACCAAAACAUGCUGGUCAUGUUAUGUGCUAAUUACCAUACAUGAUUUUACGGUGGUUUGCUUGCAAUUUGUUAACCAGUUAGGAAAACUUUCAUGGAGAAACUUAACAAAGAUCAUGUAUCAUGGGUAACAUGGGUAGCAUGUAUGUUACAUGGAAUAGAUGGCUAAUGUCAAAGGUACCAGCAGUGAAAGGCUGGCCUUAUCAUGUGGAAGAUGUACGAUGUAAUCAUGUGACUGUUGUUGUUGAUGUAAAGUACAACAAGACAAAGAGUUUUCUACUUCUUUAUAUUCUACCCUUACGACUGAGGAGAUGUUGAUGUGCUUUAUAUUCUACCCAUACCACUGAGGAGAUGUUGAAGAGUGAUUCUUUAUCUAAUUUUUCAUAUGUUUUCUUUGAAUCCAAAGAAUUGGAAUCGUGAACUAUACUGAACAUACAGGAUAUCAGUAGCCAAUGUCCAAUAUCAUUAGUCAACUCUUCUGACUAUCAGCCAGGAACAUAGCCUGGAGACCCAUCUAUUGCCAAACUAGCAUUUCUUCUCCACGAUGAGUCUUGAUUUGCUUGCCUCCCUUAAGUUUUGUAGAAUGCGGACACAUUCUGAUCCUUCUGAUUGGUUCCAGAAACCGGUGGGCUGGGCCAGAGCCGGCCUACAUGAUGACCGUAUCAACUUUGAUACUCUGAUUGGUUAGAUUGAUUAGAAACAAUCCAAUCACUGAUUGAAUUGUUUUGUACAACGCCCCUCAUUUUCACAGCAGCACAAAUUACUUCUAGGAUGGCAGUUUCAGAUUUCAGGAUGGCACAGUCAUAGAGCAGAAUAAUUAAAUUCAGGAUGACGCGUCAGGCAACCAAGAACUGCCAUAUUGUACAAGUCUUAUAUCUUUAAUGUUGUGAUUCUGAGGCCGUCCACUAUGGACACAGCACAUCAAAGGCAUGACAGACAGUAAUAGUCAGAAGAGUUGAAUGAAGCACUGCAGAUCUGGGACUAGGCUGAGAUAUCAGUCCAAUCCUUCAGCAGAGUCCUGUUCACUGGUCCUCCAGUAGGAGGAGCCAAAACUGUGGGGAGGAAGUAUGAACCAGGCUACAGUGGUAUUAUGAAAUGCAUUGGGUGAAAACUGGUCACGUUAUGAAAUAUUUAUGUGUUUUAUGCUCGCAGCACCACGUCUAUUGAAUAAUUGAUAAUAGGGUUUUGUUAUAAGUCAACCUUACUUACUCAACAUUAUAGGUCAGUGAUGCAACACUAAAGUCAGAGCCGUAUUGUUGGCCUACUAUGGGGUAGUUCUUGGUAUGAAUUAAAAUGGAUUAUAAAUUGGGUGGUUCGAGCCCUGAAUGCUGAUUGGCUGACAGCCGUGGUAUAUCAGACCGUAUACCACGGGUAUGACAAAACUUGUAUUUUUACUGCUGUACUUAUGUUGGUAACCUGUUUAUAAUAGGAAUAAGGCACCUCUGGGGUUUGUGAUAUAUGACCAAUAUAUCACGGCUAAGGGCUGUAUCAAGGCACUCCACUUUGCGUCUUGCCUAAGAACAACCCUUAGCCGUGGUAUAUUGGCCAUAUACCACACCCCCUUGGGCCUUAUUGCUUAAUUGUAGCAUGGAUUAUGAUUGGAAUAAUAUGUUCUGUUUAAAGAAGUAAACACAAAUGCUUGUCCAAUUUCACACUUUAUUGUAUCAAACCAUUUUUUUAAAAUUACAUAUGUAAUCAUUACCAAGUCAAGCAAAGUUGAACUAAAAUGCAGAUAUAUAUGGAUUUCAUGUACCGUAAUUUAUCAUGAAUAAAACUAAAUAAAUACACA